UCUUUUUUUUUUGUAGGUUAGUCACUCACUUUAUGGCAGAAAAAAACUCAUUCAAUACCAGCCGUAACGACUAUAAGAGUCUGAACCAGAUGAAUCAUAUAAUCAACGAAUCAAAGUCAGUUGACUUCCCAGAGCAUUCCAAACCACGAUACAGUGGAAGAAAGCUCGGAAGUUGGGAGUCAUCGUCGUUGGUUCUUCUUUCUGUCAUCACCGACGUUGAUUCUUCGUCCUCUAUUUGGUAAGCUAACGUUUUGGAUGUUUUAAGUUAAAUCUCUAAAACCAUGCUUUUAGUGAAAUAGAUGCACAAUAUGAUAGAUUCACUAAAUCAUGAUGUUUAAAAGCAUCAACACAAAAGAUAUUCAACGGAAUUUUCAAUCUAUAAAUUUACGUUCUAAAAAAAAUGAGAGAGUAAUACUUUUUUUUUUACAACAAAGGGUAAUACUUUCUUGAAAGAUUACGUAUAAUAUUAAUGUCGACGCCAUAUUAACAUUUAACAAUAAGAAACCUGAAACUAAUAAAACAAAAUUCCCACACUAAUCUCUAGUAAUCAGUUCACAAUUCAAUAAUUGGGCACAAAAGAAAAUAAAGAAAACUUAAAAGCAAAAACAAAAAUUAACUCUCAAAUAGAUCACACUAUUGUUUUAGCCAUGUAAAAAAAAUUAUUUUGCAGUUACCUGUAUUCGAACCCAGACCUCCGGAUUGCUAGCCACAAUCAACACCAAUGCGCCAUUAGCUCUUUCGUGUUUCAUUCGUUCCAAUGACUAAUAUUAUACGUUUAGUUUGUUCAUCAAAUUCAGGGCGCUCUUCGUCGCUGCACUUUCUUUGCCCCUGAACCCAGAAAUCGACUAUUCUUUCCCAAACCCAGAAAUCGAACGACCAGGCAAUGCCAUAAACUCUCCUUCCUACAGUUUCAUCGUCCAAUUCAAUCGGGGGGCAGUGGCGGAUACAUGGGACUUUAGUAGUUUCGUAUGAAUAAAAUUUGGGGAAACGAUUAUCCAACUUCCGCUAGUAGUUUCGUAUGAACAAACAAAUUAUAAUUGGUAAUCUAGGACACCGUUAAAUUUUGAAAAAAGAUAAUCAUGUUCUCGGUAGUAGUUUGCGUAUGAUUAAAAAUAUAUAAGUAGUAGUCUGUGUUAUUCAAACCUAUGACACUACUAUUAUUGAACAUAUUCUCUAGGUUGUAACUUAUUUGUUGUUUUAUUUUAAACACUAUGUUAUAGUAAAAAACACUAUUCUUUAUUCCCAAUUAUUUUCAAAACUUAACAAUUAAACCCAUUCGAGUUAUUUGAAUUGAUUUUAUAGGUAUAAUGUAAGAGUUGAAAGAGUCUUUCAAGUUUGAGUUACAUCAGGAACAAGGUUAAAAAUCGAAUAUAGGAUCAGUUCGGGAAUCAUUGUCUAAUAUGGUACAUUUGCACUAGUCGGAUAUUUAUUUGAUUUAUGAAUUAUAUAAUUUAUUUUUUAAUUAAAAUUUAAUUUUUGGAAGAGGACACCUCUAUAAAAAUUUUAUGGAUCCGCCAUUGGGGGGUUGAAGAGGCCAGCAGCGAUUAGAGAGGAUGUCGAUUCGGAGAUAUGCAGGGGAAGAAUCGCACCAGGCAAGAAAGAGAACGAGUGGAAGAGGGAAGCUGGGUUCUUGCUACCAGUCGAUUCGUCGUCCGAUCCCCGACACCACUGGGUUCUUGCUACCAGUCGACGACCUUCGAUCGCAUCCGACGCGGAGUGUCGACUACGGUGGCGGCGGCCAGAAUUAAGAACGCGCUGCUCUUGAGCGGAGCUGGAGUCACCGCCGGAAGCUUCUUCUAUCGCUCCCAAAAAUCAACGAUCGGAUUGCCAUCUUCUCAACCGGCGUUAUUCUUCCUUGUCACCACCGGCCGGCGACGAUUCUUCCUUGCCGGCGUUGAGUCCGGCUGCAAGUAGAUAGCUUUUUUUUUAUUAGGCUGGAACUUGGAAGUAGAUACGACAGGAAAUAAAUUAGUAAUUUCAAAAUAAAUUGCAGUGGUAGAUUAUUGUAAAGUUUGGGUGUUUCAAAGUUAUAAUUUGGAAAAAAAACAGUACUAUAAUUUAUAUAUGAUUGUUAGUUAAAUUAUUGAUUUGAGUAGAAUGUACGAUAAAAAUUGAUAUGUGACUAAAAUGUAAACAACAAUUAAUGAAUGUACAUAAUCGUAAUUAUAUUUAUUAAUAAUAAUUAAGUUAAUUAAAAAUAAUUAAUAAUUAAUUAAUAGAUGUGAACACAGGCGUACGCCAUACACCAGGUGUACGCUAGCCUUUGCCAUAUAUAUGUGUAUGUGUUAAUGCGGCAAUAUAUGUUUCGGUUCCUUCCGAUGUUCCACAUAAAUAUGUGUUCCGCUAAAUAUAUAUAUAUAUAUAUAUAUAUAUAUAUAUAUAUAUAUAUGGGGAGUUCUACGGUACCCAGGGUGAAAUUCGGGGUACCGCAUACCUUGAGUAAGAAAACGCUAUCCAGAACUUGAAUUGACCGAUCUUUCGGACAUGAUACUAUAUUCUAACCCUUAAAGAUCCAAAUUUAGGUCUUAAUUCUCUAAAUCUUAUACCCCAAGAUCAAUUUAAUUAGAAACAAUAAUCGACGGUUAUGAUUCGUCCAAAUAUAGGCAAAAAAAUCAAUGCACCAUCUUAGGGUUUAUAGCUUAUAAUUUAGAUAAUUAGGACCUAGGGUUCACUCAUUAAGGGUUAGGGUAUAGUAUCAUGCCCAAAAAUCCUGCUAAUUCGAGGUCUAGAUAGCGUUUUCAUACUCAAAGUAUGCGGUACCCAGGUUUUUGUCGGGGUACCGUAGAAGGCACCAUAUAUAUAUAUAUAUGGUGACUACUUCGGUGCACUUAGUGCACCUAACUCUAAAAUCGUCCAUAAGACAUCAAAUUUUGAACUUUAAUUAGUACUCUCAAUAUAAUAUGAUGAUAUGACAUAGAAUCAUAACAAAUCAAUCCAUUACCCUAACCCCUAACCUUCAAUUUUGAAUCUCAACCCAAAAUCCCAAAUUGUAAACCUAAACCCUAACCCUAAAUUCCUAAAUCCUAAAUCCUUCGAAUUAAAGUAAAAUUUGAAUGAAUUUUUUUUCAAAUUCAUGUGCUUCUUGUUCAUAAUAUCAUAAGCAACAAUUGAUACCGUUUUGACAUGAAUCGCAUGGUCAGAAUGACGAUUAUGAGGCGAAAAAGUGGAUGCACCGACGCCACCCCAUAUAUAUAUAUAUAGGUGACUACUUCGGUGCACUCACAAAAAUGAGUGCGUUCAAUGUACCCAACUCAAAAACUAGUCUUAAGGUGCCGAAUUUUGAAAUUUAAUUUGUAGAAUUAGUGUAAUAUGAUGAUAUAACACAUGAUAACAACUAAUUAGCGGAUUACCCUAAGCCCUAGACCUCCAAUUUUGAGUUCUAUCCCUAAACCCCAAAUUGUAAACCCUAACCCUAAAUCUCUAUACUCUAAAUCUUUCAAAUUAAAGUGAAUCUUUAAUG